AUGGCUGAGCCUUUUGCUGAGCCUGCAGCGGAGCCGGGAAUGGGCGAGGAGGAGGAUGGAAUCGAGGUGGUGUUGCCACCUGCAGGGCAUCUUGCUGAAGCCUGGGACAAGGAUCCGCUGAUUAGGCGGCAGAUGCGGGACGGCAAGAAGCUUUUGGCUUGGACCAGUCGAGUGACGAUUGGUGCCGCAAACCAAGCAUCCUUGGUUCUGAACAGAGCCGCCAUUAUGAUCGUGAUUGAUGUCUGGGGCGACAUUUGUCGAGAGCCUAAGUCUGUGCCCAUCCGCUGGGUGAGGGAAGAGGUGAAGCGGCUCCGCGAAAUGUUCACGCCGCAGCCAGACCCGGUUGAUGUGGUGGUAGACCAGUGGGGAUGCAAGCGGUUAGAUGCAAGGAUGCAGCCAAUGAUGGACCUGAUGAUCCAGAAAUGGGGAGCAACUGGGGAGUUGCCUGUUGAUGCAGGCCCAGCCCCUGCUGCUGCCGACGCAGGUGAAGAUGCGCCGCCUGAUGUUGGCGAUGCUUUGAUAGCCCCUCCACCUCCAGCAGCCUACCUGGUUCUUGCAGGCUUGGAUUCCGAUGAUGAAGGUGGUCUGCCUUCAAACCGUUGCUUGGAUGACUAUCCUUUGUGUGAGGAUGAGCCCAACCAGGUUCUGCAGUCGGUCCCAGACAAGGGUGAUGGUACAUUGCUCGGUGUCGACUCGGUCCCGGUCCCAGGUUCAACCUCAUGUGAAGCCUCCUUGCCCGAUCAGGUUGUGCAGUCGAUCCCAGACAGGGGUGAUGGUACAUUGCUCGGUGCCCAUUCGGUCCCAGAGAAAGCUUCUCCACAGGUUGUGCAGUCGGUCCCGGUGGCUAUGGAUGCUGUGGUGGCCAAGAACAAUGCUGUCCAGGACAAGCUUGCUCGAUUGCAAGCCAUCCGGCUGCUUGUCGAUAUCAUUAUGAGGUUGUGUGCCAGUUGA